CUUCCGUACAAAAAAAGUAUUGGUUUCCAUGGGGACGAACGAACAUCUAGCUAGUUCAGAUACUACAACGAAAGAGGAGGAAUCCGUACAUGUCUUAUUGUCAAGUCCUCAAACGUCAAAAUGUCCUUCAGAGACUUAAGAAAUUUCACAGAAAUGAUGAGGGCCUUGGGCUAUCCUCGUUUGAUUUCGAUGGAGAACUUCAGAACGCCAAACUUCACUUUAGUUGCAGAAAUCCUAAUAUGGCUUGUAAAAAGAUACGAGCCUCAGAUGGAUAUCCCUACUGAUGUAGACACAGAGUCAGACAGAAUAUUCUUCAUCAAGGCGGUUGCCCAGUUUAUGGCAACGAAGGCUCACAUCAAGUUAAACACCAAGCGUCUCUACCAGGCUGAUGGCUAUGCAGUGAAAGAGAUGCUGAAGAUCACCUCAGUGCUGUACACUGCAAUGAAGACCAAGCAGAUGACACUGGGGGAUCAAAUCGAGGAGGACAACAGCAAGUUCAAGUUUGACCUCGGAUCACGUAUUUCAGAUCUUAAAACAGCUCGGCAGCUGGCAUCAGAGGUCACCUCCAAAGGAGCAUCUCUGUAUGAUUUAUUGGGAAAAGAAGUGGAACUAAGAGAAAUGAGAACCGCAGCUAUUGCCAGACCUUUGGAGAUCAAUGAAACUGAAAAAGCCCUGAGAGCUGCCAUCAAGGAGGUUUUGGAGAGUGUGGAGAAGACCAAAGACAUGCUUAGUAACGUUGUUUCUGAUGAAACAAGUCUGGAUGCAAAGAUAGAAAAGAAGAAGCAGGAGCUGGAGAGGAAUCGUAAGAGGCUUCAGACACUGCAGAGUGUCAGGCCAGCCUUCAUGGAUGAAUAUGAAAAGAUAGAAGAAGAUUUGCAGAAACAAUAUGACACCUAUGUGGAGAAGUUCAGGAACCUCUGCUUCCUGGAGUCUCAGCUGGAUGAAUACCGUAGACUGGACCAGGAGAGAUUUGAGGAGGCUGAAAACACAAUGAGGAUGAUGCAGCACAAAUUGAAGGAGGAGGAAAGAGAUCUAAUGAGGAGUUCUUUGAAAGACGAGGACUCUGACAUGGAUGUUCCAGAGGAUGAAGGUUCAGACAGCGACAUGGAAGUGAAUCGACCUUCCAAGCCAAGGCCAACACGAAACGGCAUCAUGGCAGGUCGAGGAGGAAGAUUCAUUGGGAACAUGCAGGGAGGUGACAGCGAUGAGACUGAAGACAGUGAGAUUGAUGUGGAUGAGGACGAUGAAGAAGAUGAGGAAGGCGAGGAAGAAGAGGAGAGCAAGGAUUUGGAGGAUGACAGUCUGGAGGGACCAGUGUCCGGGGGUGCUCGCCCUUCCAGGGGUGGUAUGAGACCUCCUAUCCUGGAGGAGAGUGACAAUGACUUCUGAGUGUAGAACACACAUAAAGACAGGCUCCUGCUGAUUCUGUUUCCAUCACCUGUAAAAAAAACAACAAAUGCAUUAAUCAUUACAUUAAACCAUAUCGUUUUUGAUUAGUAAAGCAUAAGCACAGAUCCUGUUUUUAAAUAUGUGUUAACUGUUUAUGUAAAUAAAAGCUGAACUAUUUUA